AUGAGUCAAACAAAUAAAUCUGGACCAAAGAGUCCAUCCCCAUCUUCAUCUGAUACGUCCACUUCAGCUACUACCGAUACCUCCGCUAAUGCUACUAAUUUGGCCUUUCAAGCAAGUGUGGAAGCGAGUGUCAACAAACAGUUACAGGCCUUCCAAGAACAGAUGAUGGAAAUGUUCAAUCAAUUUGCUAGUCGAUAUGAACAGCAAACAGCACAGGGUAUCAAUCAAACCCGUGAACAGGAAGCGCGUGACUUUCAAAAAUUCAAUUCUGCUGCUAUGAAGUUGGAGUCUCAUGUCCAGGACGUUGAACAAGAAACUCCCGAAUUGGAAAAGGAAGUCGGAGCCUUUGAAGAAGCUUAUAACAAGCGUGUCCGUUUUGAAGACGAACGUUUUCAACACGCUUCGGAUAUUAUGGCCCAAGCUCAGGACAAGGAAUUGGAUCUCCAAGAGCAGAUUACUGCUUUAAGGGACCAAAUGGCAGAGUUAAGUACUAAUCAACUGGCUACUCUGGCCAAUGUUCCUAAACCAGUCUUCGUUACUACUGAUGACAUUGCAAUUCAGAUUAAACGUAUUUUUCCCCAAGCCGAUUUAACCAACAACGAUUGGAAUCAACCAACAAACGAAUUCCCACCUUUUAUGGAUUUCAAAAUCUUGCUUUGCUGGAUUGUUGAAAUGAUUCCCUGUAGCAUGUCCGUUUUGAUUGCAACGGAAGCAAUGGUUGCCGUGUUUACAAGACCAUCUUGUAUGGAAUAA